GCUCCCCAAGAUGAUGACUUUGCUUUUCCGUCUCAGUUCACUGGCGUGUUUAUCUCGCUGAAACGUUAUCUGACUAUCUGUCGAGUUUUGUGAACACAUGAGUGCAGCAGAAAAAUAACGCCAUGGCUACUAACCUGAGCUUUGGCUUAAUCGACACACACAGGAGCGUGCGACAUGUCGGAAACCUCUUGGUUCAGUGCAUGAGUGAAGUUAGACCUUUCUCGAGUGCGACUCAAAAGAACCGACUUGAAUUUGGGGAUUCCACUUUAGCUUCUUCCGACUUUAACACAUCUGCGAAAACCUUGACAAGACAGGAGAAGCUUAGGGAGGACAACAUUCCCUUUUCAUCGUUCUUGACGGACAACUUUGGCCGGAGACACAAUUACUUACGCAUCUCCCUGACUGAGAAAUGCAACCUGCGCUGUCAGUACUGUAUGCCAGAGGAGGGCGUGAAGCUUACACCACGAGGCCAGCUGCUGUCCACGACAGAAGUACUGACCCUCGCCCGCCUCUUUGUCAAAGAAGGCGUGGACAAGAUUCGUCUCACUGGAGGAGAGCCGCUCAUCAGACCUGAUGUGCUGGAUAUCAUCGCUGAAUUGAGAAAAUUGGAGGGUCUGAAGACCAUCGCGGUGACAACAAAUGGCAUGAACCUGGCUAAACUGUUGCCUCUACUCAAAGAUGCGGGCCUCGACCUGAUCAACAUCAGUUUGGAUUCAAUGGUACCUGCCAAGUUUGAGUUCAUUGUCAGGCGAAAAGGGUUCCACAAGGUCAUGGAAGGAAUUGAUAAGGCCAUUGAAAUGGGCUACGAACCAGUAAAGGUCAACUGCGUGAUCAUGCGAGGCCUCAACGAAGACGAACUGCUUGAUUUUGUUGGUCUUACCGAGAAGAAGCCCCUGGAAGUGCGCUUCAUUGAGUACAUGCCAUUUGAUGGCAACAAAUGGAACUUUAAGAAGAUGGUGAGCUACCAGGAGAUGUUGGAUCAUAUCAGACAGCAGUGGCCCGACUUGGAAUCGCUUCAAACUGGACAAUCAGACACAGCAAAGACAUUCAAAGUGCCAGGCUUUAAAGGACAGGUUGGCUUCAUCACCUCCAUGUCUGACCAUUUCUGUGGCUCGUGUAACCGCUUACGCAUCACCGCAGAUGGCAACCUCAAGGUGUGUUUGUUCGGUAACUCUGAAGUGUCCCUCAGAGAUGUGUUGCGCUCCGGAGCCUCAGAUGAAGACUUGCUGCAAAUAAUUGGUGCCGCUGUGGGCAGGAAGAAGAAACAACACGCAGGCAUGUUCAAUAUCUCCCAAAUGAAGAACAGACCUAUGAUCCUCAUCGGAAGCACUUCCCAAUUACAUUCUUCCAAAGACAAGCUCAAGUGUUUCCACAUUGUCACUCAGCGUAUUCAAAAAUUAUCUCCUCCUAUGUGCCGGCCAGGUGGAAAACGAGCCGUUAAUAGCGCAAGCCUUAUGUGCCUUCGAGACCGCACUUCUUCAGCACGGGCAGGCAAUGAUCGCUGCUCAACAAACGAAGUGAGUGGCAGCUCUCAUCUCAAUGUAAAGAAACAGACAGAACCCUUUAUCAAAGUAGAACAGCACUCGUAUGACUUCAAGGACGGUCAAACCCCCCAUGAUCACACCAAACCCCAAACAAAUGAUCGUCUGAGACACCUACCCGGACACUUACUGAUGAAGGCCAAAGUCAUCUGUACGCAACACAGCGUGAGACAAUAUCACAACGACACUUCCAGCCAAGAUCCCCACAUCUCACUGUCUACGAGUGAGCCUUGUGGCCCUCACCUGGACGGUACCCCAGAAGACCGCCUGACGCACACAGACGCCCAAGGCCGAGCAAGGAUGGUGGAUGUUGGCAAUAAAACCCCAACACGUCGAGCAGCCAAGGCCCGCGCCACCGUCCUUUUGGGCCCCAUUGCCUUUGGGCUGCUGCAGAAAAACCAGCUGGCUAAAGGCAACGCCAUGGCGGUGGCCCAGUUGGCCGGCAUCAUGGGCUCCAAACAGACCUCGGCCCUCAUCCCGCUCUGUCACCCGCUCCCUUUAGACAGCAUCUCGGUCACCCUGGACCUGGACGAGCAGCGCAACGCUGUGGACGUCUCGGCAACAUGUCGCACCACUGGCAGGACAGGUGUCGAGAUGGAGGCUUUGACUGCGGUCUCCAUAGCAGCGCUGACCAUUUACGACAUGUGUAAGGCUGUGAGCCAUGACAUCAUCAUUACUGACAUACAACUACAGAGUAAGACUGGGGGAAAGAGGGACUUUCUCCGACCAUGACAAAACAUGUGAGAAUUUUUUUUUCCCUUGGAGGUUUUCUUUCAGCAAGCUACGAGGUCGGCGCUCUUUAGCGACAUCUAGUGGCUCCCUGGAGCUUUAUAAAAAAUGUUUGAAAAUGGAAAAAGAUUUUGAUCGUAGGCUAACACAGAUCAACUAGAUAUAGAUAUAUGUUGCAGCUCCAUAAAAGGAGAGCUGUGGUGUUGUUUUUUUAAAACGUACACUUUAUUUAUGCUUUUAACAGUGUCGACAAACAGACACGUCUGCGUCCGACUGCGUUGCGUGCCUUCUCUCUUCUCGUUCAACUCGAGUGGCGUUCAAAGACAGCCUCCGAAAAACGGAAGUUCAUGAUCACUUCACUGACACUAAGAAAAGCGAAAAUAAUGCACCAAAACAAAAAAUCAAGCGAGGAAAUCACCAAAUAAAUUCUAUGGGGGCGUUUGUGAACACACAACAAGGGAAUGAAGAACGUAAACAAUUCUGAGACAGUUCAGUCUCCUACAUACAUACAGCAUGUGUUUCCUUCAUUGUAAGUUUUAGAGAAGGCUUUUGGGGUUUUUUUGCGGCUCUAGACAUUUGUUUGUUGUUGUUUUUUUUGUCCUAUAUGGCUCUUUCAACAUUUUGGGUUGCCGACCCCUGUACGAGGUGAUGUCACUAGACUAGCCCUAUUGAUUUUCGAUUAUAAGAAUGAAGGAAGGAGGGAAGUAAACGCCCCUGUUAAAGUAACACACAAUAGAUUUUGAAGUAACAUCCAAGCCAGGAUAUUCAUGAGAUUAUAUUAAUUGUCAAUAUUUUGUCAUUGUCAAUAUUUUGAGAGUUGCCGUUUUCUGACAAUUGUCCCAGCUUUGGAAAAAUAUGCAUUUACAUUAAAUUUGUCAACCUGAACACUGUA